AUGGACAUAUCUAAAAGUACGAGUGUUACCAGAGAAAGUUCGAUCGAUCCGGAAGAGCCAACACGCAAUAAAAGCAGGAACAGUCGAAGCAUCAGAAAAGCUAAUGGCGGCGGCUCCAGAGGAUUUAAUAAACGUACGCAAAAAAAUAAAGUAGUUAAGGUCACAAAUAAAUCCGUUAAGACAAAUAAAUCACGUAACAAAAAUAGCAACAAAGAGCAACCACGGAUAACAAAAGAAAGUACGACCAGAGUAGUUUAUCAACAAGAAGAAACACCACGGGAAGAAAUCCCUUACACCGAAUUUUUACCUGAUUUGAAAUUAGACGAACAACUUGAGAUUAUUCACACAUUAACUGACAUUAUAGAUAACAAUGAUCAGAAAACGUCGCAGGGACUUUCACAGUUACCGAACACUGUUAAUUUACCAAAUCCAGAUGAAUAUAACGAAUUUAAAUUAGUCCAAGGCGUAGGGGUAUUGACUGACCAUCAGGAUAAUUUAUCAUAUAUUAAAGAAAAUUCAAGUUCUGUAACUACGCCACACGAGGACAUGGACGAAGACACAGUUCAAGAUGAUGAACAAGAUCGGCCUUCAGAUAUUGAUCAAGCUGUUGAUAUGCAAACAGAAAUCAUGAAUGAACAGAUGGACUUGGAAUAUUCGACACCUGCGACUUCAGAAACUGCCACUGUGGCAAUAGAUACUUUGGCCAUUGUGGAGCCUAACCAUGAUUCCAUACAAAAAGCGCCUCCAAUACAUUCUUAUCGACGUAUAAAUUGCAAAAAAUUCGAAAAAGAACCAUUCGUUAGACCCGAAGGACACUAUAUUCGUCAUGUCGAAUUGACCGAAAAAGAUCUCGUAGAAAUAGUCGAAUAUGAUAUGGAUGAACAAGAUGAUAUAUGGUUAAAAUCACUUAAUCAAGAAAGGAAGCGGGAAGAUCUUGGAGAACUUACAGCUGAUGUUUUUGAAGCUUUGAUCGACCGCUUGGAGAAAGAAUGGUUUGAUCUGACAAAAAACCUGCCAAAGGGCCAAGGAGAAAAAGAGAAUCCCGAAGACUCUACAUGUGCAAUUUGUGAUGAUGGUGAAUGUGAAAAUUGUAACGCCAUAGUAUUUUGUGACGGUUGUAAUCUUGCUGUUCAUCAAGAUUGCUAUGGUAUUCCAUAUAUUCCUGAAGGUCAAUGGUUGUGUCGCAAAUGUAUUGUCUCACCAGAAACCCCGGUGAAAACGAAUACAAAUCGCUGGGCACAUUUACUUUGCGCUUUAUGGAUUCCAGAGGUUGGGCUGUCUAACCCUGUAUACAUGGAACCUAUCGAUAAUAUAGAGGGAAUUCCACGUGGCCGAUGGAGACUGAAAUGUUAUAUUUGUGAGAAAAAAAUGGGUGCAUGUAUUCAAUGUCAAAAUACACACUGUUGUACAGCUUUUCAUGUCACUUGCGCGAGAAAAGCAAGGCUUUGCAUGCGAAUGAAAUUCCCAGAUCCCAAUAGUGAUGCCAAUCAAAUGAAGGCGUAUUGCGAUAAACAUACUCCGCGCGAUUAUAGAGAACAAGUUGAUGUUUCCCAAUCAGUUGCUAAAGCACAGAGUCUUUUGAUUGAUCCUGUACCGGCAGCCAAAAAACAUUUACGUGAGAAUAGUAGGUCUGAUAUCUCAGCUUCCCGUAAGACACGGAAGCGUAAGGAAUCAGACAGUGCUUCGUAUCCACGAAAAACAAUUAAAGUCAAUCCGCAAGAGUCUGAAAAACGUUUAUCUAAUAAAUCUGUUGAAAGUUCAAAAUCUGCACGUGCAUAUAAUCGCUCUUACAUGGAGACGGCCCUAGUUGCACCGGCGAUCAUAAUGGAUAGGCUGUUGCCUGUUUUGUCAAUGCAUAAAGGACAGCUUAGAAGAAGACAAGAGAUGAUUGCGACAAUAUGUAGAUAUUGGUCUUUGAAAAGGGAAACCAGGCGUGGUGCUCCAUUAUUAAAGCGUCUCCAUCUUGAACCAUGGACUGCAUCUGCAUCAGCUCACAAACAGUCAGAAGAGGAAAAAAUGGCCAAAUACUCGGCUAUGUUGGAUCUUCGCAAAGACUUGGAAAAAGUGAGGAUGCUGAUCGAUUUAGUACACAGGCGUGAAAAAGAAAAGUUGAAGCGAAAUAGAUUGCAGGUUAAAUACCUGGAAACCAUAAUUUUCCCACUAGAUUACAUUAUUGGACCGGUUUUAGACACCCUUUCUAGUUUGGAUAAAAAUGAAAUUUUUGCAAAACCUGUCUCGUUGGAGGAAGUACCAGAUUACCUUAUACAUAUUAAGCAUCCAAUGGAUUUUGGGACAAUUCGGAAAAAAAUUGAAAAUCAUGAAUACAGUCUCGGCUCCGGUAUGCAAGGAUUCAAGGAUGAUGUAGAAUUGACAUUUCAGAACGCUAUGACCUAUAAUACGUCCAACACUAUUUAUUAUAGAGUUGCUAAAAAAUUACGUCAGCAAUUCCAAAUAAUAGCCGAACAAAUGGAGAAAGAUUAUACUGAGUUGAACAUAGAUCCUUCUAAAGGAAUUUUAGAUGUUGAAAUUCAUCCGGAAAUUUUCACCUAUAAUGAUAAACCACUUAGAUUGGAAAAAGAAGUCAUCAAAUCUACUUCUCGCCCAAAUCGUGUAGUUAAUUCGAAACAUCAAAACCAGGAUAGUUUAUCUCGUUAUCCACAAAAAAAUCGAGAGACGAGAUCUACAACGAUGAAUCGGAAAAAGAAUGCCAAAGACAGGAACAAAUCAAAUACACCUAUUAUUUUACAUCAUAAACCCAGAGCUCCUAAAGGAUGGGUGUAUUUAACCGAUGAUGAAGAGGGGGAAGAAAAGGGGGAACAUAUUCAAAUUGUUUCAGAAAAUUCAAGUCAAUAUCUUAAUGACCUUGAAGAAGAUAAAGCCACAAUUUCCUCUCGAACUAGGUCUCGAAAAGACGGGUUAUCAAAUCUAUUGAAAAUGGACCAUGAAAAAGAAAGCUCAACAGCCAAAUUAGUCAAGGCACAGAUAGAAAGAUCUACAAGAGGAUCGAAACGGCAGGCAGAAAGAUCUGCAAAAGUAGAGCAGGUAGAUAAUCCUGAAAUAGUCGAGAUGACACCUGACAAUUCAAUAAACGAUACAGCUGAAAUAAAGGCACUAAAGGAACAUUUACAAAUGCUAGCUAAGGAAGAAGCGGAGAAGCCAGCUGCAACUCGUACUCGAGCUCGAAGUCAGAGGAAAAACGAAGAUUUAAACAAGAACGAUUCUGUAAAAAAAGAUCUUUCGUCUUCAAUGGGGGUAGAGUCUAAUUCAGAAAUAGUACAGUCAAGCCGUUCUACAACUUCGGCCGAAUUAUCAAAUGUUCCCUAUGGUAGCUUAGUCUGGGCAAAAAUGCAAGGCUUUCCAUGGUAUCCAGCUGAGGUUGCAGAUCCAAAUGGGCCUGAAGUCACCGAAGCGAUCAGAUCAGAUAAAAAAGAAGGUGAUCAUUAUUUGGUUCGCUUUUUCGAUGAGAAAAAAGAAAAGAAGAAAUCUAGACGCAGUUGGAAAUGGGUUCCGGGGACUAAAGUUAUCCUUAUUGGAGAUCUGCAAACGGACUUGGCAAAAUUAAGGGAUAAAUCAAUGUCAAAUACAAUGAAAAAGGAAGUUCCCAAAGCGUAUGAAGCGGCAUGUAUGUCUCGAGGUAUCGAAGCCGUUGUUUUAAAACAACUACAACAACUUCCGGUAGUGCCUCUUAAAAAACAUAAUC